CUCGUACACAUCAUCGUCAACCUCGUCAACCUCCUUCUCCCUUUCCCCUUUUCUGAUUCAAGACUCCACUACGUCUUCAAUACCACAACAUGUCGUUCUUCGGUCUCGGUGGACAACAGGCUCAGUCCCAGGGCACCAUCAACCCGGCUCAGAUCGAGAUGGCCGUCACCGAGCUCGACAUGAUCACCGACGUCUUCAACCGACUCGUCAACUCGUGUCACGCCAAAUGUAUCUCGGAAAAGUACCUCGAGGGGGACCUCAACAAGGGGGAAGGCGUGUGUAUCGAUCGGUGUACGGCCAAGUUUUUCGAGGUCAACAAGAAGGUCGGCGAGCGAAUGCAGACGAUGGGAGGAGGUGCCGGUGGAGCUCCUGGAUUCUAGACGGAGAGAACAAGGCGAUUGCAUGUAUUUUAUGAAAACACUCGGGACAACGACGACCACCCCCGACACCGACACACCACGCUCAAGCGCAUACAGUACAGUACGGAUAAAGAAAGAAGAAAUUCCAUGGACCAGGACUUGUAUUUUGUAUCGAACCAUUUGAAUACGAUGAACAGACGCAACA